AUGCGACGAAAGACCACCAGAUCCCUGAUCCAUCUAGUGGUCUUCGGGUGCAUCGUAUUCCUCCUGGUCUUCCUCAACCGCCCCCCAUCCCCGAACAAGUCCUUCCCCUGGACUCGCGUCCGCUACCAAUCCACCAGCAAAGUCCCCGAAACGCGCGGCAUCUGUCCCGGCCUCGAAAAAACCACCAAACCCGCCCUGGUCGUCUCCCGCGUCGCCGCCGACGGCGACGCCUCCUGGCUCGACGCCCUCUCGCAGCGCUACCACCUCUGCAUCUACACCGUCGAUGCGCCCGCCGACCCAACCUCGAAAUACCUCCAGGUCCCCGCGAACCGCGGCCACGAGGCAAUGGCCUACCUCACCUUCCUGAUCGACAACUACGAGCACAUCCCCGCGGGCGGGGCGGUGUUCGUGCACGGCUCGCGCUUCGCCUGGCACAACGACCACCCCGAGUACGACAACGCCGCGCUGCUGGCGGCGUUGAACGUGGAGGCUGCGCUGGAACCAGCCGGGUAUCAUAAUAUGCGCUGCGACUGGAGCACGAGCAUGUGUCUGCCGGCGGCACCGGCGCAGGGCAGUCUGGAGAAUAAUUUCCAGGCGGUGCUGGAGCCGUGGAGUGCGCGGAUUGCGUCGGACAAGGCGCUGCCGCGUGCGCUGGCGACGAUAUUUGGAGGCGAUGAGGAGCACGAGGUUGCGAAGAUGGGACGCACGGAUACGCUGCGCGCGCAGUGUUGUGCGCAGUUCGUGGUGUCGCGCGAGAGUAUCAGGCGGCAUGCGCGCGAGGAACAGUGUAUUGGUUUGGAUGACUGA